AUGCCGCCGAAGCGCAAGGGCACAGGGCCAGCGGGUGGCCGCCCGUCUAAGAGAGUGGCUUCAGGCGUGAGCACACCCAAGAGCAUGGUCAGCGACGAUGACUACUCAGAGGGAGACGAGUCGUCCGAAAUGCUGAGCGAGAGGGAGGCGCCGACAAAGUAUGACAGUGUAGUCAAGAAAUACCAGCCCUCGACAUAUCAGAAACCACAAAACGCCAAAUCGUACGGCGAUGCGGCAAGCCAUCUAUUCAAACCCAAGCGUGACUUCUUCAGCGAGCCGCUGAAGCCAGACCACCAUCUCAGACCUUUAUGGAUAUCCCCUCACAAUGGCAAAGUUGUACUCGAGACGUUCGCACAGGGCUUCAAGCAAGCGCAGAACUUCUUGAUCAACAUUGGUGAGCCGCAGAGCCGAACUACUAACAUGCACGAGUAUACGAUCAGCCCGAACAGUCUAUUCGCCGCUAUAUCUGUCGGCCUCACAGAGCAGGACAUCAUUCGCGACCUCGAGCUCUUCUCGAAAACAAAAGUGCCGCAAAAUAUCAUCGACUUCGUCCGCGAGGUGUCACAGUCCUUCGGAAAGAUAAGAUUGGUGUUGAAACACAACCGAUAUUUCAUCGAGAGUCAAGAUACUGCGGUGCUACAAAGACUACUCAGGGAUCCGGUGAUAAGCUCAUGUCGAGUGCAGGAUUCAGAAGAGCUACGGACCGAAAAGGCUGCCCAGAAAGGAGGGUUAAUCAUUCCAGGGACCAAGGAUGCCGCGGGAGUGAGAGAAGCUGUUGCUCAAGCUCAACAAGCGCAGAAACGAGAAGGAGAUGAUGACGAGUCGGACGAUGAAUAUGGUGGCAAGGAAGCCGAGAAAGAUAUGACAGACUUCCUUCGAGAGGAAGAAGACGAUGAUGAGGUCGAUCAAGUGCACUCCUUCGAGAUCGAUGGCGAGAACAUCCAACUCAUUCAAGAGCAUUGCAGUACCAAGCUGGGUCUGCCGCUUACAGAGGAAUAUGACUUCCGGGCAGACGACGCCAAUGCGACCCUCGACAUUGACCUGCGGCCGAACGUACAGAUUCGAUACUACCAGGAACAUGCACUUAGCAAGAUGUUUGGUAACGGUCGUGCCCGAAGUGGAAUCAUUGUCCUGCCGUGCGGUGCAGGCAAGACUCUUGUCGGCAUCACGGCAGCUUGCACCGUCAAGAAGAGUGCCAUUGUCCUGUGCACUAGUGCCAUGAGUGCUGUGCAAUGGAAAGAAGAGUUCAAGAAGUGGUCGAACAUCAAUCCCGAGGACAUUGCCAUCUUCACCUCUGGCGAGAAGGAGAAGCUCAAUCAGAAGGCCGGUGUGAUCAUCUGUACAUACAGCAUGGUCACGCAAAAUACCCGCCGUGCGCACGACAGCAAGCAAGUCAUGGACUUUAUCACCUCUCGAGAAUGGGGUCUCAUGGUGCUGGAUGAAGUCCACGUCGUACCUGCUGAGAUGUUCAGACGGGUGACGAACCGCAUCAAGACUCAUUCCAAGCUGGGCUUGACCGCCACCCUUCUUCGAGAAGACGACAAGAUCAAGGAUCUGAACUUUCUCAUCGGUCCCAAGCUCUACGAAGCCAACUGGCUGCAACUAAGCGAGGAGGGCCACAUUGCUCGUGUGCAGUGUGCAGAGGUUUGGUGUCCCAUGACGACCGAGUUCUACAGCGAGUACCUCCAAGCCAAGACAACGAACAAGCGUAGUUUGUUGUCGACUAUGAACCCGCGCAAGUACCAGGCAUGCCAAUUCUUGAUCGACUAUCACGAAAAGCGAGGCGACAAGGUGAUCGUCUUCUCAGACAACGUGUACGCACUUGAGAAAUACGCCAGAGGUAUGACGAAGCCAUUCAUCUACGGAGACACGAGUCAGCGGGAGCGGGAAAUAGUAUUACAGAACUUCCAGCAGAAUGACGCGGUCUCCACCAUCUUUCUUUCGAAGAUUGGAGAUACUUCACUCGACCUGCCAGAAGCUACCUGUCUGAUUCAAAUCUCAUCACACUACGGCUCGCGACGUCAAGAAGCACAGCGGCUUGGUCGCAUUCUCAGGGCAAAGCGCCGAAACGAUGAAGGUUUUAACGCCUUCUUCUACAGCCUCGUGAGCAAAGACACAAAUGAGAUGUACUACUCAUCAAAGCGACAAGCGUUUCUUGUCGAUCAAGGGUAUGCCUUCAAAGUCAUCACGCACUUGAAAGGCAUGGAGAACAUGAAGAACUUGGCGUACAACACUCAGCAAGACCGCAUGGAUCUCCUGCAGGACGUACUGCUGCAAUCUGAAACAGCUGGCGAUGUCGAAGACAUCAAAGACGAUCUGUUUAGUGACCGGAACGUUGCCAGACAAAAGAAGAAAGGCGGCGUGCGUCGACAAGCUGGCACCUUGUCUUCGCUGGCUGGUGGUGAAGACAUGGCGUACAUGGAGUAUGCCAGAGGCAGUAAUGCGAACAAGGCAUUGGCGAAGCCGAGAGAUGCAUUCUUCAGGAAGGAAGAUCGCCUCAAGGAGAGGAAGAAGAAGGCUGCGCAGGCCUUACUGGAUUGA